GUAAGCGAUGGAUUGGAGCUGAGGCCAAAAUACAAUGGGAUUCUCCACUGUAUGACCACCGUCUGGAAGCAUGAAGGGCUACGAGGCUUGUAUCAAGGGGUAACUCCAAACAUGUUGGGAGCAGGGGCUUCCUGGGGACUUUACUUUUUCUUUUACAAUGCCAUCAAAGCAUACAAGAAGGAGGGGAAGCUGGAAAGCCUGAGUGCAACCGAACACCUAGUGUCAGCUGCAGAGGCUGGAGCCAUGACUCUCUGCGUUACAAACCCAAUAUGGGUAACGAAGACACGACUUGUGUUACAAUAUAAUGCUGGUGUUGAUUCAUCAAAGCGGCAAUACAGAGGAAUGUUUGAUGCUCUUAUAAAGAUAUACAAGAUGGAGGGCAUACGUGGAUUAUAUAAGGGAUUUGUGCCUGGUCUGUUCGGAACUUCACACGGAGCACUUCAGUUCAUGGCAUACGAGGAUUUGAAACUGAGAUACAACAAGUACAGAAACAGAGGAUCAGAUACAAAAUUGAACACUGUGGAAUACAUAACGAUGGCAGCUGUAUCAAAAAUAUUUGCUGUGUCAGCAACAUAUCCUUAUCAAGUUGUGCGAGCUCGUCUUCAAGAUCAGCAUAAUACGUAUUCUGGUGUGUUUGAUGUGAUCCGCAGGACAUGGAGGAAAGAAGGAAUUCAUGGAUUUUACAAAGGAAUUACCCCCAAUGUGAUCAGAGUGACUCCUGCCUGCUGUAUUACCUUUGUCGUUUAUGAAAAUUUGUCUCGUUUUUUACUUGGUUUUAGAAAAGAAAAUAAUUAAAGGUACGAGCUUGU